UUAAGGCGUGGUCUGCUCUAGGGUCUUUUCCGAAAGCUGGCUUUGGUGUGAGAUUGUGUGUGUAUGCGCGCGUGCAAGCUGCCUAGCUCGUCGAACUCAGGCCUCUUCGAAUAACGAAGGAAUCCAAGAAUCAAGGAAAAUCCAACUAUGACAGACUAUGCACAAGAACAAGAAAUGGAAAUUGAAGCUUUGGAAGCUAUACUCAUGGAUGAUUUUAAAGAGAUACACUCUGGUGAAAGUGGCCUAAGUACUUCCAAUAAAUGUUAUCAGAUAAAAGUAUCUGCACAGGAAGAUGAUACAGAUGAGUCAAUGACAAAUCCAGUUCAAUUGGCUUUGAUCUUUUCACAUACAGAGAAGUAUCCAGAUGAACCUCCGCUUCUGAAUUUGAAGAGCUUGCAAGGAAUACCUAAUGAAGAUUUAAGGAUUUUGAAGGAGAACAUUCAAGAGGAGGCAUCUGAAAAUCUUGGCAUGGCGAUGAUCUACACUCUAGUUACCUCAGCUAAAGAGUGGUUAUCUGAACGGUUUUGUCAAGAUCCUACUGAUGGAGAUGCUGAAGCUGAAGAGGCUGCCAAAGAUGAUAUAGUAGUACCACAUGGGGAACCGGUUACUGUUGACACAUUUUUGGCAUGGAGAGAAAGGUUUGAAGCUGAACUGGCAUUGGAACGAGCAAAGCUAAUGCCGGAGUCUGCACUUACAGCCCCCAAGGAAAAGAAGCUCUCUGGUAGACAGUGGUUUGAAAGUGGAAGAGCUUCAACGCAAUGCAUCCUCUCCAUCCGCAAAGCCCAAGAUCUGUGGAUCUCCAUCAUCGCCGCAAAGCCUUUUGCCUUUUGAACUUCAUCAGUCCAUCAAGAAGCUCUGUCAGAUGCAAGACAUUGUCAGAAUAUUUCUUACCAUCAGGUACAAUGAACUAUGCUUCUAGAGAUUCUUAUUCCUCAAAACUGAGAUGAGUUAUCAGGAUUUUUUUGCUCAUAGCCAUGUGAUUUGAGAAUGGAGAGACGGCCUUCUUGGAAAGAGAUUCUUGUAUCAUCUGAUCUAUGCUUAUGGGAGAGUAGAGAGGUAUUUUUCUUGGUUGGAGAAAAGACCUGUGCGCCCCUUUUCUUUCCUCAAUACCUAGAAGCAAUUAGCUCUGCACUUGCUUGCAUGCUUCUUCCUUACAACCUGAAAGAAGAGAGUGACUGCGGCAGAGGAAGAUGGUGGUGAUCGUGGCAAAGGGGAGGAAGGGCUGGGGUUAGAUCACAACAGAGGAAGAGAUUUUAUUAGGGCUGGAAAUUUUUUAUUAAUUAAAAGGGGUAUUGUAGUCUUUUCAUAAUUUACGUUUAAUUGUAAAAUAAAAUAAAUGCAAGUAUUCUCUGUCAUUAUUACUCCAUGCCAAAUAUAAUUUUAAAGCUUUAAUCCCAAUUCCAGUCCCAGUCCCAGUCCCUCUAAAUUUAGGCCUGUGUACCAAGCCAGGCCUUAUGGUAUUGCACUAGCUGCAUCGCGAGGUUGUAGUACUACCCAGGUUGAGAGUCCUGUAGGGCAAUGCAGCUAAAAGUAAUUCUUAAUUUGAAGAAGAAAGAGAAAGUAAUGGGGAUUUAGUAGCGUUCUUCAUGCUGGCUGCAAAAUGAAAGAUCCUAGAGUUGCGAUAAUUCAAAUUUUUUGUGCAAAAAAAUAUGAUUAGUCAAUCCUUGUUC